UUUAUUUUCCUAUGAAAAGGUUUUGGCUCGUGUUGUAUGUCUGCUGAGUUGUAUGUCUGCUGAGCUUGUUGAAAUGUAUUUCGAACUGAGCAGAAGUGCUUGUGAUAUAUUGGUCAUUCUGUAGCGCUGUAAUGCAGUUUCAGAACCACCCUGUGAGGACAGCGACCCUCCUGUCUUUAUUGCAGAAGGGGGCUGCUUCGCUCUCUCACGCAGUGUAGUAUUCCUGGUUCUUACAUCAGUCUAUUGGACAAAUGUCGCUAUAGAUUUUAGCAUUUACGAAUCAUAUUACUUUCAACAUAGGCCCUAUUAGUUUUGGUUUGUAGUGCUCUUUCGUAGUUUGGACGGUUGUGGAAUCCUCUUUUUCGCACGAUCCAUUCUGAAGUUGAUGGGGUGGUGGAAUUUUUUGGUAGGCUAUAAAAUUGUCGGUAUUUUUUUUUUUCUUCAUAUAAUUGUAGAGAUGAAACAUGUAUUUAUUUCGAUUGCAGAAAGUGAAGUGUUAAGACAGUAUGAUUUAUAUACGUUAUUUUUGUAGAGAAAAAAUACUGUACGUGUUUAAUCAUUUCUGAACAGUUUUACAUGUUCAAGUGUCAUGCGGUGUUCAUGUUUUAGACUCUGAGGGCCGCUGUUGAUCAGUGAAAUAAAUUCUGUCCAGUGUUGUCAGUCAGUGGAGUCCCCUCCCUAUCAUUGCGCUCUACCAGAGGAGAGGGAAAAACUCUCUAAGCUUCACACGAGGCGAGGCGGGGCGCGACACAGACACACUCGCUCUGAUCAACAUAUAAGAAAGAUAUAGUGAAAAGAGGCUAGGUUAAAGCAAAACAUCUACUUAUUUCCUCACCGUUUCUCUGGAUCCAGUAUAAGGAAUAUUCGUGUUGGAUUUAUUAUUUGUUAGCGAUGGCAUUUGAAGGAUUCCAUCAACCCAAAUGCUUAAGAUGGCGUUUGUGUGGACUACGGUGGCAAGUACAGAUUUUUCUUCUGUAUUUCAUUCAUAUUACCAGUGGACAAAUCCGGUAUUCCAUUCCGGAGGAGAUGAAGACCGGCUCUCUUAUCGGUAAUGUCGCUCAAGACCUGGGAUUGGAUUUGAAAAGGCUACGAGCGGGCCGGGCUCGUAUCGUGACCGGAGAAAGCAUUCAGUACACAGAGCUGAAGACAGACAAAGGGAUUUUAGUCGUGAGUGAGAGAAUAGACCGAGAGCAGCUCUGUGGCGACGUCACACCGUGUAGCUUUAGCUUCGAAAUGAUUCUAGAAAAUCCCAUCGAGCUGCAUCGUAUUACAGUGGAAAUUCUAGAUGUAAAUGACCAUGCUCCUGCAUUUCCCAUAAAAGACGUACAAUUUGAAAUUAGCGAGUCAGCUACUGUCGGCGCGAGAUUUCUGCUAGAGAGUGCAGUGGAUCCCGAUGUAACACUUAACGCCCUACAAAAUUAUAUUUUAACUCCCAACCAUAAUUUUGUUCUAAAGCAACAUACGAAUCCAGACGGUAGUAAAUAUGCAGAGAUGGUCCUCCAGAAACCGUUAGACAGAGAGGAGCAUCCUCGUCUCUCUCUAAAGCUAAUCGCUGUAGACGGUGGAAAUCCGCAGAGAUCUGGCUCAGUAAAUAUAGAGAUCACUGUCCUAGAUGCCAAUGACAAUGCGCCUGUGUUUAACCAGUCAGUGUACAGGGCUACUGUGAUGGAAAACGCUCCAAAGGGAACUUAUAUUACAACGGUGAAUGCCAGCGAUGCAGACAGUGGAUCAAAUGGACAUAUUUCCUACUAUUUUUCAAAGUUGAAAGGGAAUAUAGUUGAUAUAUUUACCAUUGAUAUGUUGACCGGUUCUAUUUCUGUUUCAGGCCAGAUAGAUUAUGAGAAAGAUAAGAAAUACGAGGUUAGAGUAGAGGCUAAAGACCAGGGUGGUUUAACAGACUCUAGUAAAGUCGUCAUUGAAGUUCUUGACAUAAAUGACAACGCACCAGUUAUAAACGUCAUGUCUUUCUCCAGCCCUGUGUCUGAAGAUGCUCCUCCUGGAACCACGAUAGCCGUUAUUAACGUCAAAGACGCUGAUUCAGAGAGGAACGGACAGAUUACAUGCUCAGUAGAUGAUAACCUCCCGUUCAAGAUCAAAUCGUCUUUAAGCAGUUAUUAUACUUUGAUCUCAGAUAAAGUUUUUGAUAGAGAAACGACUCCAGAAUACAACAUAACCAUAACAGCGACAGAUUCUGGUUCGCGUCCUCUCUCUAGCGCCAGGACUUUACACCUUAGAAUCUCUGAUAUAAAUGACAAUGCCCCAUUGUUCGAUAAAGGUCCCUACUCUGCUUACGUCACAGAGAAUAACUCUCCUGGAAUGUCCAUAUUUACUGUCAGCGCGCGGGACUCUGACUGGAAUCAGAACGCGAGAAUAUCGUACCUGUUGGAGGACACGCAGAUCAGUGGAACUCCAGUCUCUACUUAUAUAUCAAUUAACUCUGAAACAGGAGUUUUACAUGCGGUGCGCUCCUUUGAUUAUGAACAAAUAAAACAGCUUAAACUCGUGGUUAAGGCGCAGGAUGGAGGCUCUCCUCCUCUCAGUAGCAAUGUGACUGUGAAAAUAAUGAUCCAGGACCAGAACGACAACGCGCCUCAGGUUCUCUACCCAGUCCAGACUAGCAGCUCUCUGGUGGCUGAAAUGGUGCCUCGUUCAGCAGAUGUGGGCUAUCUUGUUACUAAAGUGGUGGCUGUUGAUGUGGACUCUGGACAGAAUGCUUGGCUCUCCUAUAAACUGCAGAAAGCGACAGACAGGGCGCUGUUUGAAGUGGGCUUACAGAAUGGAGAAAUAAGAACUAUACGUCAAGUCAAUGAUAAAGAUGCUGUGAAACAAAGGCUUGUUGUUCUAGUGGAGGACAACGGGCAGCCCUCUCGUUCAGCUGCAGUCAAUGUUAACGUGGCGGUGGCGGACAGCUUCCCUGAAGUGCUCUCGGAGUUCACGGACUUUACGCACGACAAGGAGUACAAUGACAACCUGACUCUUUACUUAGUCUUGGCUUUGGCUGUAGUCUCAUUUCUGUUCAUCACAUGUUUAGUGGUUAUUAUAUCAGUGAAAAUAUACAGAUGGAGACAGUCUCGCAUCCUCUAUCAUUCCAACCUCCCGGUUAUUCCGUAUUAUCCACCGCGUUACGCAGACACUUUGGGGACAGGAACUCUACAGCACGUGUACAAUUACGAGGUGUGCAGGACGACUGAUUCCAGAAAGAGUGACUGUCAGUUCGCCAGACCCUGUAGUCAGAACGUACUGAUAAUGGACCCCAGUUCUACAGGGACGAUGCAGCGGAUGCAGAGUGAAAAGAACAUCCUGGAUGAACCAGACUCCCCACUAGAGGUGAGUUUAUUGGAUUUUAAAUAACGUAGCUCAUGUUGU